AUGACUUAUACUCGUGCGCCAUAUGUAGCGCCUUAUGCCCCCCCGGAAGAAAGUGGUAUUAGACCACCUCAUGGUUGGAAUGAGGAGCCAGCCAAUCAACCCCCUCAUGGAAACACUUUCUACCCUCCAGUCGACCCUCAACUGAGCUAUCCUAACCACCCUCAACCUUCUGGUUUCCAAUCGUAUAACUCGCAAGCUGCCGGUAGUCACUCUACUGGAGCCCCCGUUCUCAACUAUCAGACCCUCCCACCAAACCCCUUUAGCCCUCAGCUUCAAACACAUCAACCUAAUCUAUUCAGCCCGCAGUAUAAUGACCCAGGCUCCAGUAGUGCUUAUGCCUAUCGUAGUUCUACACUUCUCAAUCCGUUUUCCAGCCUAGAAGUGUCUUACGGCACCCAAAAUCAUGAUACGGAUCUACAACUGAUAUAUCCGUUUGUUGAACAAAAUGUUAAUACCUGGCUACAGAAUGAUGGAGAUCUUGGAAACUGGACCUACGACGGCCAACACCAUGGCGAACAGUCAAGCUACACUCCGAACAAUCAACAGUUUGCCCCGUACAUCCAUCUUUCUGAACUCCAGGAAUCUUAUGCAAACGAACCCCAAGGCUUACAAGGGUUUGACAACAGCUAUAAUACUGAUCAAUACAGUGCUCAAGGAGUCCAUAGCGCUUUGAAUAUACCUCCAGGAGCCAUAGAAUAUCGGCGAUGGGGAAUGAGGGGAAACGCACCCCUGAGAGUAUAUUGCAUUAACUGCAGAGCACCUCUGCCCAUAUUCGGGAUACGCUGUGAAGAUUGCGAGCAGCGCCGACAAAAUGACGCUCAAGCUUUUCAGCUAGAGUUUUGCCUACUAUGCACAGCCGACGUCAACGAUCCCGGCAAUCUGAUGUGUCCGGAGCAUAUGAAUACCAUGCAAGCAUUCAACGGUGAUGAGAAGGCCAUUCUUAGGGAGAAGCACAUAUACAUCGUUUUCGGCAACAAGGACUGUGUCGGUGCGGACAAGAGCGUAUGCCUGGGUAACGCCAGUGCCAAGGUUGUGCCAAUGCUUCCAGGGCGUCGCAGAGGAGAAGAAGAGAGGCAGAAAUAUGAGGAGUCGCGAGAGGUUCGUCAAGGAAAGGUCUCACAAUAG